AUUCCCACCGGGUCGCAAUGUGCAUACAUUAGCUCCCGAACUCCCGUCACAAAGACAAUUGUUAGUGAACCUCUUUAUUGUAUUGCACUGCCUCUAAUCACAGCCUCAUACGGGCGGAGUCUUCCCUUGCCAAGCAGCUGCCAGGGUCUUUCUCUUCCCCUGCGAUGAUCAUGAAGUUGUGCCGGGGGGCACUCUGCCGCCAAAGGCGGAGUCGAGGAGGGGGGCAAAGAGCCAAGGCUGUCCUGCGUUGUCACGAAUUGCUUUUUCUUCCCUUUCCCCUCGCGAGUCCCAACCCAUUCCUAUUUGCUUCUGACCUCAACAUUCUGACAAGGCUCUUGUUUUGCAGUGUUCCUGCUAUCAGAUUCGUCUUCCAGUCGUCGUGUAUUGCUCUGGGUCUGGCAGCGGGUGCCCCGAACUCUGACAUGGCAUCUCACACUGAUAGAGUUUGUGGGGCUUUUUACUUCAAACGUGCAAUGCAUGCCAUGCCAUGUUCUGGAAUCAUUCCCCCUCGGGGGAUAUCAUAUUUACUUUGUUUUGCAGCGUCACACAGCUGCUUUUUCUCCUUUGUGUCUACUAAGGAACAGGUACGCUAGGUGAGAUAACAGCCAUCUCUAUCCGCCAUAGGAUGAAGCUAAUCGGAUGGGCGUAGGUUUUGACUUUGACCUUUGUGCUCAUUGAUCUCUA